CAUGGCGGACGAACCGAACAAACGCUUAAUUCGUCGUGAGAAGAUUAGUAGAUAUGGAAUUGCUUCAGUGUGGGGUGAUUCACCGAAUGAAACUUCAGACGAUUCGCAAUACGAAGACGAAGAUAUUAGAAAAAGAAAAAAGCAUUCAAAAAAGAGCAAGAAAUCUAAAAAAAAGCAUAAAAAGAAACAUAAGAAAGAAAAGAAAAAGAAAAAGAAAAGAGAAUCAUCGUCAUCAGAUGAAGAUGAAGAAAGAAAUUAUUCAACCAGUGAAGAACAGGAUAUUAUAGGCCCUCUACCAGAAAAUGAAGAGGAACUGACACAAACAAAGCGUAUGGACUAUGGUAAAGCUUUGCUACCUGGAGAAGGUGCAGCAAUGGCAGCAUAUAUUGCUGAAGGAAAGCGAAUUCCAAGAAGAGGUGAAAUUGGAUUAACUAGUGACGAAAUCACUCGUUUUGAAGAAACUGGCUACGUUAUGAGUGGUAGCAGGCAUCGACGAAUGGAAGCUGUACGUCUUCGUAAGGAAACUCAAAUUUAUAGUGCCGAUGAAAAGCGUGCUUUGGCCUCUUUUAACUAUGAAGAAAGGAAGAAGAAAGAAAAGAAAAUGCUCGGGCAAUUUAAGCAACUUAUUCAAAAGAAGAAGAAAAGCAAUAGCGAUCCUUAUUAA